UAGACUCAUCCCAAAUACGAAUUCAACUAUGGAGUCAAAGACGAACACACCGGUGACCACAAAUCCCAACAAGAAAUCCGUGAUGGAGAUGUAGUAAAAGGUUCUUACACCGUAGCUGAAGCCGAUGGUACCCUUCGUACCGUUCACUACACUGCUGAUGACCACAACGGUUUUAACGCAGUUGUCGAAAGAUCCGGACACCCUGUCCAUCCAGCUCCAGCUCACGGAAAAGUACUCUUAGCUGCCCCCGCUGCUUAUGGUGCCCCAUCAUACCAUCAUUAAGACAUUUCGAGAUAGUUGUUGAUUAGUGUUAUCGUAUUUAUUGAUUGAAUGAAAUGAAUUACUAUGUAAUUAAUUUUCUAUGUAUAAAUAAAUGUUCAUAAAACAAA